AUGGCCCAGAUCAAUUUCAUUCCUAGUGGUUGUCUGCUCGCAAUAUGUUUGAAUUAUGGAAUUCUAGAUGGCACGGCGCAAUCGAGUCUUAUUUCAGCCUGGGCCCAACAUUGUAAUAACCAACAAGGCAAUCAAGGAAGUCUCAGUACAUCAAAGGAACACCCUACACCAUACAUAUCUAAGCAGUCUAGUGAGGAUCAUAUCACUGCUCUAUGUCUCCCAGAUGCAUUGAAGGAUGAUGCGGUCCCCGUCACUCGAGAAGAAGAAGAAAUGACCAAACAAGAUGGCGUGCUAUGGCAGCUUCUUGGCCUUCGAAAAGAGGCCACAGGCCCGCUAGUAAAACCGACACCUCAAGACAGAGUGACAGCUAUCUUCACGGCCCCAAGGACAUCGAUUGCUCAUUUAAGGGAAUUGACGCAAGAUAUAAAAGCAGACAGCCCGGAGUCUUGCGUAUCCUUGUUCGACGCAGAGGCAGCUCUACUUUGA